UCAUUUUUCUCACUCUCAAAAGUCUCAACCCUCGCUAGCUAGUAUAGAAUUCACCUUUUACUCAUCCCUUUCUCUCCUUUUGAUUAAAUUCACCUUCCUUCACUGCUAGGCGUCUGCUUCUCCAAUGGCAGAUACAGCUAGUUCUGUAGCUACUAAGAGAAUGUGGUGUUCAAUACCCGAAAAGUUUCAACUGCACAUAGCCAUGUUGGCUUUGCAGUUUGGAUAUGCUGGUUUCCAUGUGGUCUCUAGAGUUGCCCUCAACAGUGGCAUUAGCAAGAUUGUUUUCCCAGUUUAUAGAAACAUAAUUGCCUUGCUCCUCCUCUUGCCCUUUGCCUACUUCCUUGAGAAGAAGGAGCGGCCACCUCUUACUUGGUCCUUCUUGAUUCAGUUCUUCCUCAUGGCAAUUGUUGGAAUAACUGCAAAUCAAGGAUUCUAUUUGUUGGGAUUGGACCACACCUCCCCGACUUUUGCAUCUGCCAUACAGAAUUCUGUCCCAGCCAUCACAUUUCUCAUGGCUGCACUACUCAGGAUAGAAAAAGUGAGAAUAACUCGAAAAGACGGCAUAGCAAAAGUGCUAGGAACCGCGUUCUGUGUUGCCGGAGCAUCGGUGAUCACUCUCUUCAAAGGUCCCACCAUAUACAGCCCAUCAACAACGUUACAAGAAAUCUCACCAAGGAUCAUGAUGCUUCAGCUGGGAGAUGCUGAGGGCAAGAGCUGGAGCCUGGGUUGCGUUUACUUGAUCGGGCAUUGUUUGUCGUGGUCAGCUUGGCUUGUGCUUCAAAAGCCGGUCCUCAAGAGUUACCCGGCUAGGCUUUCAUUCACCUCUUAUCAGUGUUUCUUUGGAAUCAUACAGUUUCUCAUUAUUGCUGCUUUUAUGGAGCGCGACGCUCAGGCUUGGCUCAUUCACUCUGGGAGUGAGCUCUUCAGUGUUUUCUAUGCGGGAAUGGUAGCAUCUGGGAUUGCAUUCGCUGUACAGAUAUGGUGCAUCGACAGGGGUGGCCCCGUGUUCGUGGCCGUGUAUCAACCUGUUCAGACCCUAGUUGUCGCCAUCGCGGCCUCCAUUGCUUUGGGGGAGGAGUUCUACUUGGGAGGGAUCAUUGGAGCUGUACUCAUCAUAAUAGGGCUGUAUCUGGUCCUGUGGGGCAAAAAUGAAGAACAGAAGUUUGCAAAGCUGGAAGCCGCCGCGAUUCAGGCACCUCCUGCGGACCACGGCAGCAACAUCAGCAGCAGAGCAACCACCCACAUCAAGUCUUCUCUGGCGCAGCCAUUGCUCUCUCAGUCAACGGAGAAUGUUUGACCGGCAAAAAGCUGACUUUUGACUACAGUAUUCGCCGGGUUAUGGAGCGGGGGGAAGAAAAAAAAAAGUUAUCCCAUAUUAAAAGGCUUGCAGUGUGUACUUAUCUUUUCCUUUUUUUAGGUUUUUUUUUUUAUUUUUAUGAAGAAGCUUUUCUCUCUAGGACAGUAGCUCAAAAAGAAGAGAGGCCAAGAGAGGAAAAAAAAAAAAUUGAAGCAGAGUUUAAGCCUAUGUAAUCAUUAGUAUUAUCUUUGCUGGUGGGAUCUCAGCAUGGAAAUCCCAUAUAUGUUUUAAUAUAUUAAUUUAAUGGUUUGAAUUAUGAGAAAAAA